AUGCCGCCGCUGGUGCUCGCGUUCAUAUUGCUGCUGCAGCAGCAACAAUUGCUGGCAGGCAGCGCGACCGACCAGCAAUUAGCCGGGGCGACUGAUGACGGAAGGUCGGCCGCCGCAUUAAGCGACAAUUUAAAUUCAACGCUUGUACUGGUAGCUGGUAAAACCAUAAAAGCCAUUGAGCGACAGACGAAAGCUGCAGAUAGGGUGGCAGGCGGCGCGACGGAUAAGUUGCAAGUGACACCUGCAAACCAAUUACCUGCGAACACAGCGGCUACCUCCACUCGCCCAGCUGUGCUCCGUACUUUGGAUUCCUUUAUGGCCGCCACAAUGGCAACCGGAAACCAGUUGGGACCAGGCGCACCAAGGGGGAUGAAAAGUGCGGCAACCUUAGAAGCAAACUCGACAACAACAGCACCUCCACGAGCAGCAGGUGUGUCAGUAGCAGCAGCAGCAGCAGAAGCAGCAGCAACAGCAGCAUCAGCAGCAAUAACUGCAGCAAUUCAAGCCACGGCGGCAACAUCGCCGACUCGUGAGCAACACACGCUGCCCCCACGUCCCGCAGUGGGGCAAAUGGCACGGAUAAAUGUAGCAGCAACAAUAGAAUACCAAAUCGGAAGAGCAGUGAUUCCGAGCCCGAGCACAACAAACAAGGCCGAGACACCAGCAACACCCUCUGCCACAUCCACGCCCAGUCCCACGACAGAAAUAUUGCCAGCAAAAACAAAGCGCAGCGAGUCGGACAAGACCAAUAAGAUUGGCCAGAGUGUUCAGAGGGACGAUAUAAAAUUCAAUCCGGAUGCCGCACUAACCCAUGGCUAUGCAAAUGCCACAGAGGCGUGGCCAACAAUGACAACUGCCAAUAUUGUGGCAGCGCCAGCCGCACCGACCAUAUCGCCGGCACUAACGAGCACGGCGACCAGGAUUGGUGGCAAGGCGGUGCCCACGCCCCGUUUACUCGGAUCCGGUGCUCCGAAUGUGGCCCAGAUACUGGCCAAGUCCCUGGACAGUCCGUCCCCGUCAUCGUCAUCCGGCUGGCCGGUUAAGCACGCCGCUGUGCUCGAGGGCGAUGUUAUAUUGGGCGGCCUGAUGAUGGUCCACUCGCGCGAGGACAGCAUCACCUGCGGACCCAUAAUGCCGCAGGGCGGCAUCCAGGCCUUGGAGGCGAUGCUGUACACCUUGGACCAGGUGAACAAGCAACAGCUCCUGCCGAACGUCACUCUGGGCGCCCACCUGCUCGACGAUUGCGACAAGGACACCUACGGCCUGGAAAUGGCUGUCGACUUUAUUAAAGGGUCCAUCAGCAACAUAGAUGACGCGGAGUAUCACUGCAACAAGACGCAGGUGCGCAAGGUCAUCUCGGGGGUGGUGGGUGCCGCCUCCUCGGUCACAUCCAUACAAGUUGCCAAUUUAUUGCGGUUAUUCCGAAUUCCCCAGGUGUCGUACUUCUCCACCAGCCCCGAGCUGAGCAACAAACAGCGGUUCGAGUACUUCUCCCGCACUAUUCCCUCGGAUCACUACCAGGUGAAGGCCAUGGUGGAGAUAGUGAAGCGGAUGGGAUGGAGCUACGUCUCGAUUAUCUACGAGGAGAGCAAUUACGGAAUCAAGGCUUUCGAGGAACUGGAGGAGCUCCUGGCACGCCAUAACAUUUGUAUUGCCAUCAAGGAGAAGCUGGUGAAGGAUUCGGGAGUGGCCGAGGACAUCGCCUACGACAAUAUAGUGCAGAAGCUGCUGACGAAGCCGCGGGCUCGAGGGGCCAUUAUCUUCGGCUCGGAUCAAGAGGUGCGCCAAGUGAUGCGGGCGGUCCGCCGGGCGAAUGCAACUGGUUCCUUCUCCUGGAUCGGAUCCGAUGGCUGGAGUGCCCGGAAUUUGGUGUCCGACGACUACGAACCGGAGGUGGAAGGCACGCUGUCUGUGCAGCCGCAGGCGAAUCCGGUGCGCGGGUUCGAGGAGUACUUCCUCAGUCUGACGGUGGAGAACAAUCAACGCAAUCCCUGGUUUGUGGAAUUCUGGGAGGAUCACUUCCAGUGCCGAUAUCCCGGCAGUACGAGCACUCCGUACAAUAACUACACCAAACAGUGCACCACAAAGGAGAGACUUUCACGCCAGAACACUGACUUCGAGGACCAGUUGCAGUUUGUUAGCGAUGCGGUGAUGGCAUUUGCAUACGCCCUGAGGGACAUGCAUCGCGACCUGUGCGGCGGAGGUCCUUCGCUCUGCGAGGCCAUGAAGCCGACGAAGGGUGCAGACUUGCUCAAAUAUUUGCGAAAAGUGGAGUUUGAGGGCCUCAGCGGCGACGAGUUCCGCUUCGACGGGAACGGCGACGGUCCGGCCCGGUACAACAUCAUCCACUUCAAGCAGUCCCAGGCGGGACAGUACCACUGGGUCAAGGUGGGCGAGUACACCGAGGGCGAGCUGCGGCUCAACAUGUCGGAGGUGAAGUUCAAGCGGCUGAGUCCCAAGCCGCCGGAGUCCGUCUGCAGCCUGCCAUGUCUGGUGGGUCAGGCCAAGAAGUACGUGGAAGGCGAGAGCUGCUGUUGGCACUGCUUCAAUUGCACAACCUAUCAAAUCCGCCACCCGGAUGACGAGACCCACUGCAAGCUGUGCAAGCUGGGGACUCUUCCCGACGCCCACAAGCAGUACUGCCGCCCCAUCCCGGAGAUAUAUUUGCGUCCGGAGUCCGCCUGGGCCAUCGGUGCUAUGGCGUUCAGUGCGACCGGGAUCCUAGUAACGCUCUUCGUAAUGGGCGUAUUUGUCAGGCACAACGACACGCCCAUAGUGCGUGCCUCUGGGCGGGAGCUGAGCUACAUCCUGCUGGCGGGGAUUUUCAUGUGCUACGGUGUCACCUUUGCCCUGGUCCUGAAGCCGACCAACAUAGUGUGUGCCAUUCAGCGGUUCGGUGUCGGCUUCUGCUUCACGGUCGUUUAUGCAGCACUGUUGACCAAAACGAAUCGCAUUGCACGGAUCUUCAAAGCGGGCAAACAGUCCGCCAAGCGACCCUCCUUCAUUAGUCCCAAGUCCCAGCUGGUAAUCUGUGCGUGCCUGGUUAGUGUGCAGAUACUCAUCAACGGCGUUUGGAUGGUAAUUGCGCCAUCACAUGCCAUGCACCAUUAUCCCACACGCGAGGAUAAUCUGCUCGUCUGCGAUUCGUACAUCGACGCCUCCUACAUGAUUGCGUUCUCCUACCCAAUAUUUCUGAUUGUUAUUUGCACGGUCUACGCGGUGCUCACGCGAAAGAUUCCGGAGGCUUUCAACGAAUCGAAGCAUAUUGGAUUCACCAUGUACACGACGUGUGUGAUUUGGCUGGCUUUUGUACCGCUCUACUUUGGAACCGCCAACCACGUCCCGCUGCGCAUCACCAGCAUGUCGGUGACCAUCAGCUUAUCCGCCAGCGUGACCAUCGCCUGUCUCUUUUCGCCCAAGCUGUACAUAAUACUCAUACGCCCCGAGCGCAACGUGCGCCAGAGCAUGAUGCCGCCUCGCUACGGCAACAUGCACCGCACCGCUGGCACAGGACCCUCGUCCAUGAUGGCCGCCGCCGUGGUGACCGCCGCCACCUGUGCUCAGGAGGAGAAGAUCCAGAAGCAUAUCACUCCCACAAACACAGAAAACUCGCUAAAGACGAAGAAAUUGUGCGAAAUGGCCACUCAGACAAUUUCCAGUAUAAUCACGUCGCUGGACAUCAAUGCGUACAAUCAAAUACCAUAUGCCGAUCAAUAUGUGCCAAACAAUGCCACAACGGCCACGACCACGCCCACAGAUAAGGGCAGUGGCAACGGCAACAGCAAUAGCAAUACGAAUGGUAGUAGCAAUAGCAACAGCAACAGCAACAGCAAUGGCGAUGGCGAUGUGGCAACAGAGAAAGUCGUGGCCAACAAUAAUAAAAUCAAUCAGCGGCAACAUGGCCAGCCGGCCGUGGCAUUUGCCAUCACAUCGACUAACAAUCACAUAAGCGGCCCAGCAGCAACCAUAACAACAACAGCGGCAGCUGGCGAAACAACAACAGAGGCGCUGGUGGCUACAAUAACAACUCCAUUGGCAACGGGGGAUGUCAGCGAAACCGCGUCCGUGGCGCCCAACAAUGGGCAUGGAAACGGGAGCCAACGUCCGCCGGUCCUGCAAACAAACUUAUAGCUAAACGCACAACAAUUGCAGCAGCAGCUGCUGAAGGAGCAGCAGCGACAACAAGCCGAGCUGCAGCAGCAGCACCCGCAGCAGCAACAUGGAACACAAAGCUCUUCCAGCGACACCGGCAGCACGGGCAGCGGCAGUGCGGCGAAGAAGCGGGCCGCAAUUCCCGUUUAGCUGCCACCGGAGAUUCGAGAUUCUCGCAACCAUACGUAAGUAGAGGAAAGUGUCUGCUGACCCAAGCGAUUCCCGGGAUCAGUCUGGGGAUGCGGAGAAGCAGACGGAGGGGAGGCAGGAGUUCGUGCCAGGACGGGACUCGAUUGGUAGUAGCUCGGCCACAGAAAUGUCUUCAGAUCUUAGAAGGCGAAUUAAUUCUAAUUCAUUUACCCGUUUGUUUGCUUAUUAAUUUCCGUAAGUUCGGGUUAUACCUUCACCCCAUAAAUCCACAUUAUCUCAACGUUCUUAUAUAUAAGUUUCUCGAUAUCUGUAGAACAACGUAUCUCAAUAGUGAAGAUAUUUCUGUGGCACCUAAGACUUUCUUCAGAUUUUAACAGACACGCAAGAGUCGUAAGUAUGUAAGUAAGAGUCGGCUGAUCAAAAACCUUUGCAACUCUUCCCAAAAACAAAUGUGUUUCUCCAUUUUACACUUCAGCACAAGAGUUAAAAAGCUAUAUUUAAAAUAACUUGUCAACCUUAAUCUAUUAAUAAGUGUUUAGUACUUAAGCUUAUCUAGAAUUCUAAGCGUUGUUUCAAAGCGUUCCGAAAGAAACAAAAAAAUGAAAAUGUGAUAUAAUUUCAAAAAUGUGUUUUCUACAACCGAAGCAACUUGCAAGCUAUCUGAAUAGUACACGAAACUUAUAGGCUAAGUGAGGCAAACGCUGUACAGUGAGCACUGGAUGAAGAGGACUUUUCGAGGGCGCAAUUAUGUUCCAAAAGGGCUGGGACACAGCCCCUUUGCAAUGUAGCAGCUAGUUAGAACAAUUACAAUUGCAUUUAUUGUGUUGUUUGAGCCCAUCAACAUGGUAGAUUUAAUUGUUGUCCAACUGAGAUGUACAUAUGUAUGGUAUUUAAGGGAGAAUUUUUAUUCGUAGCGACACCUCGAUGUGAAUUCGUAUUAAAGUUAAUUGUGAGCAGCUUUCAACUCGAAAUGUGCUAUCUCCGAAAACGCAUAGUUAAAUAUUUGUUAUAGAGCGCAAGUAAUGCAAUUCAUGUCUAGCCAAAACAUGGGGUACAAAAACUAGCGAAAUUUGUUCGUUUUCCGUGUCUGUGUGUUCAGUGUAAAUAGUCGUUAAUGAGAAUCCCAUGGAACAUCCAAGAAUUGAAUGUCUUUCGAAUUAGUUACUUGAUGUAUAGUUAAUAUUACUAUUAUAAACAAAACGCUAAAUGUUUUUUGGCCGCAUAUGUAUUUACGAAUAAAGCAAGACGAAUAUCAAAGAAUCAAAAACA